AUAAGGUAUCCGCGGCGCAUACUCUCAGUCAUCGCGUAGCUGCUGGUGUUUAUAUCAUAUUUGUGGUGGUGUGACUCAGAGGGGGAGCAAGACGCGUAAUGGAUUUUUCACGCAAGCGAAAACGCAGUCGCUGGAAUGAUGAAACCCCAGACCAGAAGACCAUAAUUCCUGGGAUGCCAACGGUUAUACCCCCAGGACUCAGCCGUGAACAAGAGAGAGCAUAUAUAGUUCAACUGCAAAUUGAGGAUCUGACUCGCAAGCUUCGCACUGGAGACCUGGGAAUACCCCCUAACCCAGAAGACAGAUCUCCAUCUCCUGAACCUAUUUAUAAUAGUGAGGGGAAGCGUCUUAACACGCGUGAGUUCAGGACACGAAAGAAAUUGGAAGAGGAGCGUCACAACCUGAUCACAGAAAUGGUGGGGUUAAAUCCAGACUUUAAGCCACCUGCAGACUACAAGCCACCUGCCACACGAGUCAGUGACAAGGUUAUGAUCCCUCAGGAUGAGUACCCAGAGAUUAACUUUGUGGGUUUACUGAUUGGUCCAAGAGGAAAUACGUUGAAAAACAUUGAGAAGGAAUGUAAUGCUAAAAUUAUGAUCCGGGGCAAAGGUUCAGUGAAGGAAGGAAAGGUUGCACGCAAAGACGGGCAGACUCUUCCUGGUGAGGAUGAGCCGCUUCAUGCCUUGGUAACGGCCAAUACCAUGGAGAAUGUCAAGAAAGCUGUAGAUCAGAUUCGGAAUAUUCUCAAACAAGGUAUAGAGACUCCAGAAGAUCAGAAUGACCUUCGCAAGAUGCAAUUGCGAGAGUUGGCACGACUAAAUGGUACUCUGCGGGAAGAUGAUAACAGGAUAUUACGGCCCUGGCAAAGUACUGAAACGCGUACUAUUACCAAUACCACUCUGUGCACAAAGUGUGGAGGUGCUGGCCAUAUUGCCUCUGACUGCAAGUUUACAAGUGUCCAGGUGAGACCUGGGGAACCUCAGUCAGCCCAGGAUAAAGCAAGGAUGGAUAAAGAAUAUCUUUCCCUUAUGGCAGAAUUGGGUGAAGCCCCAGUGCCUUCCUCUAUUGGAGCUACAACUACUUCUUCCCACAAUCUUGUUCAAGGUGCCCCAAGGCCAACUAACCUGGCAGGAAGUCAACCGCCUCUGAACCGUCCUCCCUGGAUGACCACCGAUAGGCCGUUUCCAGCUUUGCAUGGUGCUCCUCACACUUUCCCUGCUCCUAUGGGAGGGGCAGGAAAUGGCCCACCCAUCCAGGCUAAUCCCACUGCUCAUCAUCACUGGAUGCAGCCACACCCUGGAGCCCAUCAUCAUGGUCCCCAUCACAUGGGCCUCUUGCAUUCUCACCCCAUGGGUCUUAUGCCACCACCUCCACCUCCACCUCCUACUGGGCCAGCACCUCCCCCACCACCACCAACAGCCCCCACUUUGCCACCUUGGCAACAACAAGCAACAGCUGCUCCUCCACAGCCAACAGCACCCCUUCCCUGGCAGCAAACUUCACAAACCACGUCUGCCUCCCUUCCUCCUUGGCAACAGCAGGGAGGAGCCACUGCAUCAACGGGCACAAGCAUCCAGACAAGUUCUUCCUUGGUGCCGCCUCCUCCAGGUGUUCAGCCUCCACUUCCACCUAGUGCUCCACCUCCUCCACCUCCCCCACCUCCAGGAACAUCAGGCCUACUGUAUGCUCCACCACCUCCUCCCCCACCUCCAAUAGAUCCUUCUAACUUUGUAACAAUGAUGGGUAUGGGUGUUCCAGGUUUACCUCCAUUUUCUAUGCCCCCUGCUCCUCCGCCACCACCUCCCCAAAACUAAGGUUGAUACUUGUUAAGUUCUUUACCUUCCCCUUUUUUUUCUAUCUUCAUAACCUGUCUAUUCCACAGAGAAUAGGAUUCUUCUCCAAAAAUUUAUAAAAUUGCCCUUUAGUUUACUACAAGGGAUUUUUUUUUUUUUUUUGUCUUUUAUCACUUGUUUAAGUGGACUUAUAAAUCACAUGCUUAGCUGACAUUUGGGACUUGGGCAUCUUUUAAAGAUCUAGGUUUAUUUUUCUGAACUAUUAAAAUGGAAUCCUUGUG